ACAACAGUAUUGUUUUGAAUUGAGAUGUCUUUAUUUCGUUUCAAAGUAUUUCUUUUGACUGUACUAGUCAUAUUUGGUUGUGGUACAUCAUGGUACCGUUUUGAUUUUACAAAGGUAUCCUCCAAUAAAAAUAUGAGCAUUAAAGUAGAGAAAUGGGUUCCGGAGGAACACCCUGAAAAAUGGAUGGAACAUCUUUCGCCAUACGUUACAGAGCAAACCCAGAUGAAAGAUCUUGUAAUACCAGGAUCACAUGAUUCUGCAUCAUUCGACCUUGACCCGGGAGGUGGAAGAGCAAUCGACGUCACUUCAUACAUUGAAUUGGCCGAAGAAAAGUUCGAAAGAUGGUUUAAAACACAAAACCUUGAUUUUACCGAGCAAUUGAAGAUUGGCGUUCGAUACUUUGAUCUCCGGACUAUUAAGCACCCUGUGACAGGGAAUUUUCAUUUUGUCCACGGGCUGUUCAGCCAUAAAACUGUCGAAGAGUACUUGAAAGGCAUUCGGAGCUUCCUUGAUAAAAAUAAGAAAGAAGUAGUCUUUUUAGACUUCAACCAUUUUUACAAUAUGAGAAAAUAUAAUCACCGAUCCCUUUGUACGAUAAUUGAAAAAUCUUUCAAUAAAAUGAUAUUGAAUAGGAAAAAAUGUUUGUACAAUAAUAUGACUGUAAGUAAAAUAACACUGUCAAAAUUAUGGGAAUUAAACGAGCGUGUAAUAGUAUUGUAUGGUAGUGCAAACAAAUGUAAAGACCACGAUCAUAUAUGGUCACGUGAUGAAGUUGAUAUUUUGUGGCCAUCUACAUCAAAUAAAUAUUCAGUGGUGGACAAUCUCUUACAUGAAUACAAAAACCUUUCUAGAAAAGAUAUUAUACUGGUGUGGCCUGCAAUAUUGACUCCCUUCGAAGAUGACUACUACUUGGAAAGAGUGAAAAGUUUUUCAAAUCUUUAUGAAUUUGUCACGCCAAUAUUAGAGAUUAUUGUGAAGUGGAUAAAAUCUCGUCCGAAUAUUCCGUUUAACAUCAUCUUUGCAGAUUUCGUCGAAGAACAUGAUUUUAUUAAAACAGUUAUUAGUGCUAACAAUAAAUCUCUAUAAACAAAGCAAUAACACUGUAAAAACAAGUUUACACCUUCCUGGAAACACAUUAUUAUAUGUUAAAAUCUAAUCAUUUACACA